UCAUAAGACUCCGGAGUGGCUGUGUUGUGGUUGAUUUAUGCAGGCGGCGCCUAGCUGCGCGGUAGAAGCGCUGCGGAUACGGUGACGAGAAUGAAUGCAAGAACGCAUAGGUAGGACAAUGGGUGUGUAAACGAAACUGGGAAAUCACCUCUUGGGACACAUCCUAAAUUUGUUACAUCUGGUAAAAUAAGAUGUCGAGCCGGAUCAGACCUGGCUACUGUCGCCUGGACGUGAACAAAACCACAUGGGAGGUACCCGAGCAGUUCCGGGAGCUGAAACAGGUGGGGACAGGGGCUUACGGUACAGUCUGCUCUGCGGUGGACUUCAGGACAGGGACAAAGGUGGCCAUUAAGAAGCUCCACAGGCCCUUCCAGUCUGAGCUCUUUGCUAAGAGGGCCUAUCGGGAGCUGAGACUGCUCAAACACAUGAAACAUGAAAAUGUUAUUGGCCUUGUGGAUGUAUUCACUGCAGAACUCUCCUUGGACAGAUUCCAUGACUUCUAUCUUGUGAUGCCCUUCAUGGGAACAGAUCUGGGGAAGUUGAUGAAGUUACAGAAUCUUUCAGAGGACAAAGUGCAAUUCCUGGUCUAUCAGAUGCUGAAGGGACUCAAGUAUAUCCAUUCUGCUGGCAUCAUUCAUAGGGACCUCAAACCAGGGAAUCUGGCCGUUAACCAGGAAUGUGAGCUCAAGAUCCUGGACUUUGGCCUGGCGCGGCAGGCGGACAGUGAGAUGACAGGCUAUGUGGUGACCCGCUGGUACAGAGCCCCAGAGGUCAUCCUCAGCUGGAUGCACUACACCCAGACUGUGGACAUCUGGUCAGUGGGCUGCAUCAUGGCAGAGAUGCUGUUGGGGAAACCACUGUUCAAAGGCAAUGACCACCUGGAUCAGCUGACUGAGAUCAUGAAAAUCACAGGGACGCCUACUCAGGACUUCAUCACCAAACUGCAGUCUCAGGAUGCUAAAAACUAUGUCAGAAACCUUCCUAAAGUGCAAAAGAAAGACCUUCAGGAUCUCUUUUCCAAAGUCAACCCACAGGCGGUGACAGUUAUAGAGUGCAUGCUGCUGCUGGACCCAGAGAGUAGGGUGACAGCGGCGGAGGCCCUCGCCCUGCCAUACUUCUCAGAGUUCAGAGAGCCAGAGGAGGAGACUGAGGCCCAGCCAUACGACCACUCAGUAGACAACUCUGACUUGCCCCUGGAGCAGUGGAAACGUCACACGUUCACAGAGAUCUUGUCUUUCCAGCCCAAAGUGGUUGAGUCCAGGGAAACCGCACUGUAAGGUGAAGCAUAGCACAUGGAAAGCAACCCCCACCCACCAUUUUUUACAAGUGUCCAUUCAAUGUUCUCAGACUGUAAUUUUUGUAUGUGUUUACUCCUCACGUGUGUACAUUUUCAGCCAUUUUCACACCACUGUCUUGUUGCCUCCUGAAUCAAGCCCUUGUCAAGAUGACGAUGUUUGUCCUUUAGGAUAAGACGUUGUUUGUCCUUUAGGAUAAGACGUUGUUUGUCCUUUAGGUUGUUUGUCCUUUAGGAUAAGACGUUGUUUGUCCUUUAGGAUAAGACGUUGUUUGUCCUUUAGGAUAAGACGUUGUUUGUCCUUUAGGAUAAGACGUUGUUUGUCCUUUAGGGUAAGACGUUGUUUGUCCUUUAGGGUAAGACGUUGUUUGUCCUUUGACUAGAAUUCUAGGAUGUUUCCGUGUGUGUGUAGCUGUGUAGUCUAAACAUGUUUGUGACCCCUGCUGAUGUUUCCUUAACCUUGUAAUUUCGUUUUAUCGCCUUAAUUAAAGAAUAAUGGUACAGAGCCAAACAACAUCUGAAAACCAUUUACUAAAGUGUAAGCACAGAAGCAAUUAUUUUCAUGACAAAGAAUGCAGACACAUAAAAACCAUUGGUGGUCUGUAAAACAUUGCAAAAAAUAAAACAAUUUUUUAUAUUAGCCAUAAUGUAAUUUAGCUUACAUUGGAUAUUUAUUUUUUAUUUAAAAAACAUUGUUUAAAUAAGAGUGUCUGUUUUUCAUGCAUACCUCUUUGUAGAUAUU